AGGGGACCUGGUAUACUGAUGAAACGCGGAUCAGAGGGACACAGCGUACCCAUGUAACGCGGUCCUCCGGCCGUCAGAGGGACCCAGUGUACCAAUGUAACGCGAUCCUCCGGCUGUCGGGGGAGGCCUAGUGUAUCCAUGUAACGCGGUCCUCCGGCCGUCAGGGAGACCCAGCGCACCAAUGUAAUGCGGUCCUCUGGCCGUCAGGGGGACCCAGUGUACCCAUGGAACGCGGUCCUCCGGCCGUCAGGGGGACCCAGUGUACCCAUGGAACGGGGGUUGAUGAUAGGAGUCGGACGCACAUGUCGGCUCCAUGGUUGCUGGCCGUUUCAUCCAUUUCGCCGGCACUGCCUGAGGGAACGGGCGGCUGGGGAGGGUGGCCGGCUCCUGGGACCUCCAUCCCCCAAUGAGGCCGUUCAUCCCCGUGGAGUUAGUGGUCAGCGAGGUCAGGAGUGCUCUCCGGGUACCGGCAUCAGGUUGUGAAGCCUAAGAGUGGAAGUUGCCCAACUCUCCUCGUCAUUUCAGCAUGGCAAGCGAAGAGGAUGAUCCAAUUAUACAUGAGGUCGAUGUACACCUGGCCAAGAGUCUAGCGGAGAAACUGUACCUGUUCCAGUAUCCCGUGCGUCCAGCCACAAUGAAAUAUGAUGAUGUCACUCAUUUAUCAGCAAGAAUAAAACCUAAGCAACAGAAAGUUGAGCUGGAAAUGGCGAUUGAUACAGUGAGUCCCAAUUACUGUCGGAGCAAAGGGGAACAGAUUGCUCUCAAUGUUGAUGGGACCUGUACUGAUGACUCUGGAAGUACCUAUGCAACCAAACUCAUGGACAAACAGACCUUCUCAUCCAUUCAAUCUGCUGUCAACACCUCCCGAUAUGCUGCUGCAGUCUACAGGAAAGGAGAGCUACACAUCACUCCGUUACAUGGAAUACUACAGCUGAGACCAAGUUUCUCCUACUUGGAUAAAGCGGAUGCAAAACACAGGGAGAGAGAAGCUGCAAAUGAAGCUGGUGACUCUUCUCAGGAUGAGGCUGAAGAUGACGUUAAGCAGAUCACUGUUCGUUUCUCACGUCCGGAGAGUGAGCAAGCUCGACAACGUCGUAUCCAGUCUUACGAGUUCCUGCAGAAGAAACAGGCAGAAGAGCCCUGGUAUCACCUCCAUUACUGUGGUGUGAAGGACAGCCGGUCUGAGCACGAGCGGCAAUAUCUUUUCAGUCAGCUGGCUGGCAUGUUGGAGACAACCGAGUUAACUAAAUCCCCAAGACUGGACAUCAAAUGUCCCAGGGCACUAUGUCGGAGAGCAGGGGAGUUCUUCCUCCUGUUCUGUGAAUAUUUGUCCAUGUUGAUGCCUCUGGUUGAAGAAGAGGAAUCGAAGGUCCCUCUGGCCCCCAGUAAUGUGCUGUCUAUGGCUCAGCUACGAACUCUUCCCCUCGCAGAUCAAGUGAGGACCCUGAUGAAGAAUGUGAAAGUUGUACAGUUUGCAAAUCUGAUGGGUCUUCUAGGAUCAGGAGUUGAUUCCACGGCAGUCUUACGCUGUAUUCAGCAAGUGGCCAUGUUGGUUCAGGGAUGCUGGGUCGUUAAAAGUGAUGUGUUGUAUCCGAAGGAUAGCUGCAGCCCGCACAGUGGAGUUGCAGCUGAAGUGCUGUGUAGAGGAAGGGACUUUGUUAUGUGGAAGUUUACGCAAGACCUGUGGGUCAUACGAAAAGAAGUAGCCGCUGUAAUCAAGCUCCCCCCUGAGGAUGUGAAGGACUUUCUGGAGCAAAUGGCAGUUCCACGUAUCAACAAGGGCUGGGAGUUCCUGCUUCCCCCUGAUGCAGAAUUUGUGAAGAAGCAUCCAGAUGUUGUCCAGAGGCAGUACAUGCUUUGGAUGGGGAUUCAGGCCAAAUUAGAGAAAGUGUACAAUCUCUCCAAGGAAGAUGUGAUGCCAAAGAAACCCACCUCUCAAGCAGCAGCUUUGCCAGUGGUGGUGUGUGGGGAGAGGAGGGUGGCCAUGGCCAAAGACAGAGCGCAAGAUAAUCAGACCAUCCUGGAGAACAACUACCAACGCCGAAAGUCUUCCCGCGUGGCGGGCACACGAGCUCCCGAGGGCACCCGGCUUGCUAUCAAGAUCAAAGAAGAGCCACUGAGCGAGGAGGAGCCUAUGGACACAACCUCAGGGCUAGGGAGCGAGGCAGCCAAUGGGGUCCACUCAGACGAGAGCUCUCGUGACUCAGCAGAUUUGCCUGUUGAGUGCCAAGGGGCUCGGAGUGAAGUUGUAGCAGCGGAGCUAAAAGAAUUUGUGCAGGGAACUCUCAGGAAACACUAUGUACUCAGUCUAAGUGAGCUGAAACGACUGUUUAACCUGCACUUGGCCAGUUUGCCUCCUGGCCAUAUUUUAUUCAGUGGCAUUUCAGAUCGAAUGCUACAGGAGACACUUUUGGACUGUGGAUGCAAACAGAUCUUGGUGCCUUUCCCUCCACAGACAACUGCUUCAGCUGACGAACAGAAGGUGUUUGCACUAUGGGAAGCUGGGGACUCCUUUGAUCAGCAUCGGCAGAUACUUCUUGAAAUUUUUUCAAAAAAUUAUCGUGUGCGUAGGAAUGUCAUCCAGUCUAAACUGGGCCAGGAUUUUGGAGAAAGUCUCAGCAAACCAGAUGUGGAUAAAGUGCUGAAGGACUGCUGUGCAAGUCAUGGUGGAAUGUGGUAUCUUAAAGGGACCCUGCCUUCUUGACAACUGCAGAAUGCCCUGUUCCUACACAAUGACUGUCUUUCGGUUCAGGGCAAUGAGAUGAUGAAUGAAGGUGGAACGCUGGCAUCGCUCCAGAGAUGGGAUAACAGACAAUCGUACCAUACAACACUCAAGCCUUUGACCAUUCAUUGUAACUCAAUGAGAGCCUGAUGAAGUGAUACAUCUACCUAUGUAGGGAAUAAGAGCCUAAUUAAUGUUUGCAGCUUAGCAAAUCUGACCUGGAUUUAUUGCUUUUAAUUCCAUGUACAAAAUAAAGUUUUGAUUGGUUCUCGAUAUUCAUUCUUUGCCUCCAGUCAUGAGGAAUCAUGGAAUACAGUUUCAUUUCUUCUGUCAUUUGAAAUCACGUUUAAUCCCUGAUCUCCUAAAUGCACUUGUUUAUUACACAGGGCAAGCAAACCAAAGGCUCUGGUUCUGUUCAUUAAAAGAUCAUCUCUAAAAAGCAAAAUCUAAUCUAUUUCAUUAAUAAAAGCUGUAAACUGGCAAUUUCGUAAAAUCCUGGCGUGAAAGAGAUUCACCUUAUCUGUUGAAUGUUUUAAUUUGGCAUUUUGCUGUUUUAAUACCAGUGAAUUGUACUGAAUUCCUUUGGUUCCAAGUUACCUUUUUGUGUGGCAUAUUAGUGUUUUUUAAAAUUAUAUUCCACAUUGAAAGUCAUUUUGCAGGUGAGAAGUGUAGCAUCUGUUAAGUUGCUGCACAGUCAGAGAUGAACUCUGUAAAUAAAAUGUUUAAACCAUGGGGUUGCUAUGCCUUUUUAUUUGUGAAGUUUUGUAAGUCUAAACUUGUGUAUGUACGGAAUGUAUAUUUUCUGCUCUAUAGAUCUGCCUGGGAAAUGUAGAAAAGUUCAUGGACUAAGUGUCCAUGCUGCUUCUGUUGGAGAGUGCCUGUUUUAAUACGUACAUUGUUGGUAAAUUUCAAAAUUUUAUUUGCUCCUGUCUGCCACCUCUAAAGUUUGAUACCUUUCCUUGAACCCUUUGUUUCUCAUAGUUGUUUACUGCAGUCAUCCACAUUUCCCCUGUUUUUUGUUUGUGAUAUGUCUUACUGUUGCUGACAAAGACUGGUUGGAUUGUGAUUAAUAACUACAUUUUAUUAUAUUCUGACUCUAAAUGUAAAUCACUUCUGUAUGAGGUAAAAGAAGUUUGUUUUGUUUCUGUUCAACUGCCUUUGUUUAUUCUACCCCAUGUCGUUUUAAUGUACCAAAGUGUGUCAGAACUAGGAUCAUGGUAGAACAUAUGACCUCUUGAGCCUGUUGCCAAUCAAUGCUAUUGCGGUUGAUCUAUUACUUCUCAUCCUUUCUGAUCCCCACCUCCUUUUUGUCAAAUAUAAUGUCAGUUUAGAGAGAUGAAUGUGCAUGAUGUUGUGUAUCCACUGCUUUCUGGGAUAUUGAAUUCUAAAGAUCCUCAUCCCUUUUUGUAGUGGGGAGGUCUGUCCCUUAGAAACUGUGACCACUAGUGCUGGUUGCUCUGCCCAGAGGGAGCAACACCACCUACUCCCUCAAACCUAGUAAAUGAAUGUUACUUGAAUGAGAUUGUAAUCCUCACCGGCAUAUGAAAAUCAAACCUCUUGAUUUUCACAUAGAUUGAUACCCCAGCAGGCUUGUGUGUGUGGGGAGAGAGAAAAAUUAGCUGAUUUUAUUUUCUUAUUCAUAAAUGCAAGCUAAUAGCAGUAGGCUACUAAUCCAGUUUUUUUUGGAAUAAAGACAACUAUGAUCUGAAACUGACAGAGAUCAAUGUACCUCUAUCCAGUGAUCUAAACCCACAUCCCAUACUUUAAAUGUUAAAAAAAGGUUCCUUAGUGCUUUAUUAUAUCCUCACUUGUGAUUUUACUGAUCAGGAAAAAGGUAGAUUGAUGUGAUUGAGACUUCAGUUGCUUGUGGAUUAAAGGGCUGAUGUGAACAGGGUGCAAUAUGCACAAAGUACAGAAACAAAUAUAUCUAUAAACCCAGAUUGUUUUCUUUGCCCUUAGAACUAUAUAUGGAUCUGGUAGAGUUCAGAUACACAGUUGAACAGGAGUCUUUGUUUCAGUUGCUAUCAGGUGAUGAAUUUUGAUUUAUUAUUCUGUACAGCACAAUGUGCUGGAACAUGUUUUAUGAUCAGAUGAUGAUCUCACUAUGAAAUCAACAUGGUUUUAUAUUGCUUCACAAUGACAUGUGCAACUUACUAUUAAAAUAUAGACAAACUAUUCCCAGUGUUGUAAAUUGAUGUCUGUGUUGCACUUUGGCUAAGGACAUUUCUAUAAUUGCAAAAAUUUGCAUUGCUUGGGAAACAAUGACUAACCAAGUCAGAUAAAGGAGCAGUGAUGCUUAAAAGUAGCUGUUUUCAAUAUUGUGCACUUAACUUUCCAAAAUAUUACUUUUGACUUGGUCUAGAUUAAGGAGGAAAAUUAGAAAGUUGAAGUAACUGUAGUCUGAUCAUUCCCUCCACUUACUAUGCUAAGAGCUCUUUCUGCCAGUUGCAUGAAAGACUAUUCAACAAAAUCACAAUUACAUAAUACUCUUCCUUCUAAAUACAGGCAGAGGUUUUAUCAAUGGAUAAUAGCUAAGGAAUGGUGUGGAGUAGGGAAGGAGGACAAUUAUUUGAAGAGGAAGGGAGCAGUCAAUUUUUAAUACACUAGGGACAGACAGGGCAAUAGGAACUAGAAGGUGGUAGAUAUCUUUCUAGGAGAGGUCUGAACAGGCUUCUGAAUCAAUAAGACUAUUGAUUUGAACUGUUUUGGUAAUUUCAUACCUUCCUUGUCAAUUCCUAUAAUCACAAUUAAAAGGUGGUCUCUCUAACUCCACUGCUUGAGAGGCACUACUGUCAUUUCCUUUCCCAGCAUCACCCCGAAGUAGUUUGUUAAUCUAGAAGUUGAAUAAACUAGGAAUUGACUAUUCCA